GAAUAGGAAAAGAGACGAAUAGUGUGAAGCCAAAAAUACCUUAUUGAGCAGACCAAUCGUGCAAUGUAAAUAAACAUUACUCAUGCCUGAGUUGGAGGAGAUAAGUAUUGUAAAUCUAUCAAAAAAAAAAUUGAAUUUUCGUCAGAAUUUAGUGCAAUCGUGAUUGUAAGGUGCAUUCUAGAGUCUAUGUAUGAGUAAAAACAAGUUUUAGAAUUAUUUCAUCUCUUUGUUUCGAAAUGCACAUCGUUUGAUAAACAAAUCCAACGAUCGACAAAAGGUUUGUUUUCAAAAUAUAAUAGGAGUCAUUUAAAGUGCUGCCUUUGGAAACGGUUGCCAAAUUCUAGUGUUGAAAUCAUCGUAAAGGGAGUGUUGCCGUUUUGACUGAUUUUCACUCUGCGUCUCUUUCACUAUUCUCUUUGGACAAAACGACAGCAAAUUGCUUCACGAGUGUUUUCUUUAAUGAGCGAGCAAUUUGAGAUUGUUUUACGAUUGAACAUUUUAGUUUCAUGGAGCUUGUGAACGGACUUUCGACAGAGCAGGAAACUACCAAAGGAACCAACGGUACUGAACACCAUGAAGCAACGAUUCCACCAAAUGGCACUGAUACUAACAGCAGCCCCUCAAUACUGUCGGAAUCACAGUGGGAGCUUAGGGAUCAGAUAGACAUGUCUCUACAGCAACGGAAGCAAACCAACAGUGAGCUAUGUGAACAAGAAUCCCUUCAGAAUUGUCCCCUGGGGCGAGCUGUGUUAACCGACACUGGCAAGCGGCCGUACAAAUGUGAUACGCGCGACAAAUCAUUUAAUAAGGAGAGUGUUUUGAACAGACAGAGAAAGAUUCACAGUAAUGAACGACCGCAUAAAUGUGAGAUAUGUGGCAAUGAAUUCGUGCAUAAGCAUCAUCUGAAGCGUCAUAUGGUUGCUCACACUGGCGAGCGGCCGUACAAAUGCGAUAUAUGUGACAAAUCAUUUAAUAAGGAGAGUGUUUUGAACAGACACAGAAAGAUUCACAGUAAUGAACGACCGCAUAAAUGUGAGAUAUGUGGCAAAGGAUUCCUUCGGAAGUCGUAUAUGAAUGAACAUAUGCUAACUCACACUGGCGGGCGACCGUAUAAAUGUGACAUAUGUGAUAAAUCAUUUAAACAUCAGCGCGCGCUAACUUUUCACACAAAAAAUCACAGUAAUGAACAACCGCAUAACUGUGAGAUAUGUGGCAAAGGAUUCGUUCACAAGUAUCUGCUUAUGCAACAUUUGUUAACUCACACUGGUGAGCGGCCGUACAUAUGUGAUAUAUGUGACAAAUCAUUUGCUGAGGAUUGUAUUUUGAAUAGGCACAGAAAGUUUCACAGCAAUGAACGACAGCAUAAGUGCAAGAUAUGUGGCAAUGAAUUCUUUCAUAAGCAUCACCUAAACCGUCAUAUGGUAACUCACAGUGGCGAGUGGCCAUACAAAUGCGAGAUAUGUGACAAAGGAUUCGUUCAGAAGUCGCAUUUGAAUGAACAUAUGCUAACUCACACUGGCGAGCGACCGUAUAAAUGUAACAUAUGUGACAAAUCAUUUAAACAUCAGAGUGCACUAGCUCGACACACAAAGAAUCACAGUAAUGAACAACCGCAUAAUUGUGAGAUAUGUGGUAAAGGAUUCGUUCAGAAGAAUCUGCUUAUGAAACAUAUGGUAACUCACACUGGCGAGUGGCCGUACAAAUGCGAGAUAUGUGGCAAAGGAUUCCUUAUCAAGUGUCUGCUUAUGCAACAUUUGUCAAUUCACACUGGCGAGCGGCCGCACAAAUGCGAGAUAUGUGGCAAAGGAUUCGUUUACAAGUGUCUGCUUAUGAAACAUUUUUCAACUCACACUGGCGAGCGGCCGCAGAAAUGCGAGAUAUGUGACAAAGGAUUCGUUCAGAAGUCGAGUGUGAAAGAACAUAUGGUAACUCACACUGGAGAGCGACCGUAUAAAUGUGACAUAUGUGACAAAUCGUUUAAAUAUCAGAGCACACUAACUUUACACACAAAGAAUCACAGUAAUGAACAACCGCAUUAAUGUGAGAUAUAUGGUAAAAGAUUUCUUCAGAAGUGUCUGCUUGGGCAACAAAUCUCGCCAAUAAACAAAAUUUGGUUUUUUUUCACGUUCGAUCAUUUAUUGUUUCAGUUUCUUUUUACAUUGCUGUGUAUUUUUACGUUAAGUGAUACAAAAUAAAACUAUUUUUUCAUCUUU